CCCAGCCCUGUCCCAUCCGCAGGCAUGCCCCCACCCGUGUCCCUCGUCCCCAGCCGUGUCUCCCGCUGUCCCCAGUCACGACCCUCAGUGUGUCCCCUAACUGCAGCCGUGUCCUCAAGCUGUCCCCUAUACCUGCUCAUGUCCCGUCUCCAGCCGCGUCCCCCAGCCGUGUCUUGAGCCCACAGCUGUGUCCUGCCCCCAGCUGUGUCCCCAGAUGUGUCCCCUAUCCACAGACUUGUCCCCCCGCCCCCAGCCACGUCCCCAGCUGUGACCCACAUCCACGCCCCCUGUGUCCCCAGCUGUGUCCCCCCGGCCGUGUUCCCUGUCCCCAGCCGUGCUCCCGCUGCAGCCGCACGUGGCAGGAGGUGACACGUCCUCACCGUGUGACCCCCGAGGGGGAUCAGCUUCCUCAUGGCCUCCAAACCCACAUCCUCCCCCACCCCUGUCACCUCCCGGGGUGCCGGGGGCCACCCCCAGCUGCCACCUUCGGCGGGUCCGGUGUCCCCGCGUGUCCCAGGUGAAGGGGCGGCUCCACCGCGUCCCUCCCCUCGGCGCCUUCCCCGCGCCCGUCACUGGGGAUUAGCGCAGGGACAGCCCCGGCCUUGGCGACAGGCACAGGGGACAGGGCCACCCGCCACCUCGCCUGGAUGUAGGAGGGAGGCCUGGCCGAGCGGCGAGGACCGAGGGUGACAUCGCCCAUCCCUGCGCUGGGCGAGGACGGGGACCCCCCCGCGCCCCCCCAGCCUUUGGGGGCACCAUGAAGGACCGGCUGGAGCAGCUCAAGGCGAAGCAGGAUGCUGAUGAUGAGGAGGAGCUGGAGAUCGCCGUGGACAACACGGCCUUCAUGGAUGAGUUUUUCUCAGAGAUUGAGGAGACCCGGCAGAACAUCGACAAGAUCUCAGAGAAUGUGGAGGAAGCCAAGAAGCUCUACAGCAUCAUCCUCUCAGCCCCCAUCCCAGAGCAGAAGACCAAAGAUGACCUGGAGCAGCUGACGGCAGAGAUCAAGAAAAUGGCCAACAGCGUCCGUAACAAGCUGAAGAGUAUGGAGAGGAAUAUCGAGCAGGACGAGGCACGAUCCUCGGCGGACCUCCGGAUACGCAAGUCCCAGCACUCGGUCCUGUCCCGCAAGUUCGUGGACGUCAUGACCAAGUACAACGAGGCGCAGGUGGAUUUCCGGGAGCGCAGCAAGGGCCGGAUCCAGCGCCAGCUGGAAAUCACCGGCAAGAACACGACGGACGAGGAGCUGGAGGAGAUGCUGGAGAGUGGGAACCCCUCCAUCUUCACCUCGGGGAUCAUGGACUCGCAGAUCUCGAAGCAGGCGCUGAGCGAGAUCGAGGGGCGGCACAAGGACAUCGUGCGCCUGGAGAGCAGCAUCAAGGAGCUCCACGACAUGUUCGUGGACAUCGCCAUGCUGGUGGAGAAUCAGGGAGCCAUGAUCGACCGCAUAGAGAACAACAUGGACCAGUCUGUGGGAUUCGUGGAACGGGCCGUGGCUGACACCAAAAAGGCUGUGAAGUACCAAAGUGAGGCCAGGAGGAAGAAGAUCAUGAUCAUGUUGUGCUGCAUCAUCCUCGCCAUCAUCCUGGCAUCCAGCAUCUGGAGCAUCUUCGCCUGAGCCCCCCACCCGCUGCCCUCCAGGUGGCCUUUCCCCCUCCUGUCCCCCUGCCCGGAUGAUCCAUGGGAGAGACGCCGGCCAAGCCCUGAUUCCUGGAGCCCCGAGGACAUCCCACGUGUCCCUGGAGGAGUGGAGCCCACCCGCCGUGCUCCCCGCUGCCCUCCCAGCGCCGAGGUCCCCUCGCUCCUCCUCCUCCCCCACUCGGGUGACAGUCGGUGGCCGCUGUGACAAGCAGCCCCUCCUCGGUGGCACGGAGCGGCCGGAGGGGCCGUGUCCCUCUCGGGGGGUGGGGGAGACACAGGGCUCUGCCUUGCCGGGGCGGCCGGAGGAGCCUCUCCCUGUGCUUGGAGCUCCUUGGAUGUGCAGCCACCCAUGCUGGAGCCUUCCUCCUCAAUAAAGAGCUCACCCACA